AUGAUCCCGUUCGCUCAGUCCUCGCAUUGCAGAGAUUGGCUGUUCACGAGCGAGGACGCCCUGCGAAAACGAAAGCAGGAAUGCAACGACAAGGCCUUCGGGAAGGUGAUUGCGCAGAUCGAUCGCCAGGCCGCUGCCAAAUUGGCUGAGGGAGGCGAUGCAUCGAUCGAGGAGAAGCGGCAGAAGGCCAUCUCGGCACGCACCCUGUCCAUCGAGGAAGAAGAUCUCAUCAAGAAGUGGUACGCCACCAAGAUCAGAGAAUUUGGGCAGCUCGGUCUGCCAGAGAAGGUGCUGGGCACAGCCACCAUCUACUUCAAGCGCUUCUUCCUUUCCAAUGCCAUCACGCAUCACGACCUGCGACACAUCAUGCUGGCCUCCAUCUACCUGGCGGCAAAGGUCGAAGAGGUGGUGCUUCCCGUGGACAACAUAGCCGGCCCGGUCAACGCCAAGAAGGAGGACGUCUUGGCGAUGGAGAUUCCGCUGCUGGAGGGCCUGCAAUUCGACUUGAUCGUGCAUCUGCCCUACAACCCACUCCACGGCUUCAUCAUCGAUCUCAAGGAGUCGACAUCGCCGCCCGCGAGCCCAGAGAAGCUGCAGGGACGAGCACGUCGCCACAUCAACGAUCUCCUCAUCACCGACGCUCCCUUCCUCUAUCCGCCCGCUCAGCUCGCCCUCGCCGCUCUCCGCAAGGCCUCUGAAGAAGAGGGAUACCCACUCGCCGAGUAUAUGCAUAGCCGAUUUCACACCAACGCGGGCUACGACCAGCUGCGGCUGAACGUCGAGGCCAUCCAGAAGUACAUCAUGGAGGGCGGUCAGAUGGACGUGUCGCGCGUGAAGAAGAUCGACCGAAAGCUCAAGAAAUGCCUCAAUCCCGAAUUCAUCCCCGGCACCGAGGAGUACGCCAAGCGACGAGAGAGGGAGCAGGCCGAGCGAGCGGCCAGACGGCAAGAGAAGCUCCGACGCCAGGCCGAGGGACAGAUCGAUGCCGAAGGCGAUGACGAUGACGACCAGUCCAAGGACGCGCCCUUCCUCAUUCACUCGAACGCGAAACGACUCCGCAGCUCAGACGGCAAUGACCAGCAGCCGCCGGAGGCCAAUAUCAAGCGAAGGAGGACCAACGACGACGAAGAAGAGAAGGAGGAACCCAAGGCCGACGAAUAG